GCUUGUCCCCUUCGGCUUGCCGUCCUCGAAGACAUGGCGGCCGCCGCGCUCCCGAUGUGGCUGGCCCUGCAAGCGGGGACCCGGGCCCUACGUGCGUUCUCCACCUCCGUGUCCCCGGCCACUCACGCUCCGAGACCCGCCCCGCGUGAGUGUCUGCCUCAAAGAACAUCCAGAAAUGAAAGGCUGCAGAAAAGAAAGGCACUACCUCCUAGGACAGAGAAAAUGGUUGUUGAUCAGGACUGGCCUAGUGUUUACCCUGUUGCAGCACCAUUUAAACCCUCUGCAGUUCCUCUUCCUGUUCGAAUGGGUUAUCCAGUAAAAAAGGGUGUGCCCAUGGCAAAGGAGGGGAAUCUAGAACUGUUAAAGAUCCCCAAUUUUCUGCAUUUGACUCCUGUAGCAAUAAAAAGACAUUGCGAAGCUCUUAAAGAUUUUUGCACUGAAUGGCCAGUAGCAUUAGACAGUGACAAGAAAUGUGAAAAACAUUUUCCAAUUGAAAUUGACACCACUGAUUAUGUUUCAUCAGGACCAUCUAUUCGAAACCCCAAAGCACGAGUAGUAAUCUUAAGGAUGCCCUUUGAAGAGACAGAAUUAUGAUUAUGCAAUGUAUCUUCUAACAGUUCUAUACCAUGAGUCUUGGAAAACUGAAGAAUGGGAAAAAAACAAGACUGAAGCAGACAUGGAAGAGUAUGUAUGGAAAAAUAGCUCCUCAGAAAAAAAUAUCCUGGAAACACUUCUCCAGAUUAAAGCCACUGAGAAAAAUGUGGAAGUAAAUAAAGAAGAGCUCCUGGGUACUAAAGAAGUUGAAGAUUACAAAAAGUCUGUUGUUAGUCUUAAGAAUGACGGGGAAAAUGAAAAU